AUGGCUCAUCCGUUCUGUCCAUCCCAAUGUACCUGUGUUUUUCAUGGACGCACCGAUGGAACAGGAACCAGAUCUGUGCUGUGCAAUGACCCAGACAUGUCUGACAUCCCUGUCAAUGUCCCCGUGGACACAGUCAAACUUCGUAUUGAAAAAACUGCGGUACGGCGAGUCCCAACAGAAGCUUUUUACUACUUGGUGGACCUACGAUACCUCUGGAUUACCUAUAAUUCCAUAACCUCAGUGGAUACUGGAAGUUUCUACAACCUAAAAGUGCUCCACGAGCUCAGACUGGAUGGAAAUAUGAUCUCAAUGUUUCCAUGGGAAUCUCUCAAAGAGAUGCCAAUGCUGAAGACACUGGAUCUUCACAACAACAGAAUUAAUAAUGUUCCCACCGAGGCAAUUCCUUACCUCCGCAACAUUACCUACUUGGAUCUAUCCAGCAACAAAUUAACCACCCUACCCUCUGAGCUCAUGGACAUAUGGCCACCAUUUAAUGGUCUACCUGUAUCUUCUAAUGCCUCCCAGAAAGUAGUGUUAGGCCUCCAAGAUAAUCCAUGGUUCUGUGACUGUAAAAUCUCCAAGAUGAUUGAGAUUUCCAAAAUGGCUGAGACACCAGUAAUUUUGAUGGAUCUAUUUUUGACCUGUGCUGGACCAGAAAAUCUUUCAGGUGUUCUUUUUCAGCAUGCUGAACUUGAAAACUGCGUAAAACCAUCAGUGAUGACUUCUGCAACCAAGAUCACAUCUCCUUUGGGCAGCAAUGUUCUCCUGCGAUGUGAUGCUUCAGGUUUUCCAACACCAACACUUUACUGGGCUAAAUCUGAUGGCUCACCAGUCAGUAACACAGUCCAGGAGUCACCUGGAGAUGGCAUCAGAUGGUCCAUCAUGAGCUUGCAUGGAAUACUGUACAAGGAUGCUGGUAACUACAACUGCAAAGCUAAGAAUGUCGCCGGCAGUGUGGAAGCCACCAUUUCUCUCACUGUUGCUGGUACCAUUGGCACUACUGUCCCCCCACUAAGACCUGGCGUUGGCACUGGACCAAGCAGUGCGGCCACAACAAUAAUUCCACCGACAUUCAUUCCUGACUCAUUUACGUCGACGGUUCUCCCAAGAGCAUCAACAAUUGCUUUUUAUAGAAAGUUAAAGCCAACCCCUAGCAAUGGUUUACAAAAGUCUAAAGUUAAGCAAGCAAAAAAUGAGCAAGGAAGCAACGUGACAAAGCUUGCAGCCGAUGAAAAAAGCAAGAAAAGCGACACAUCAAAGUCUAUUAGGGACCUAAAGAUUGUUGAGGAAACAGCUGACAGUGCAGUGUUGCUCUGGACUGCAGAUGGGUUACCAAAUGAUGCUCCACUUACAGUUGUAUAUUCACCCUAUGGUGAGGAUGACACUAAAAGGACAGUGGAGACUAAUGCUGGCAGUGGAAAAGUACUCCUAGAUGGACUGUCGUCUGGAAUGAGGUACUCAGUUUGCCUUGUAGCAAAAGGUACUGCUGCUGGAAAAGAUCCCUGUAUUGAUUUUUACACACUGGACAAUGUAGAGGAUGGUGGGCAAAACCAACUUUUCAUCAUCAUAAGUGGCAUUGCCUGUGCUUUGGUUUUACCUCUUAUUAUCCUGCUGCUCUACAAGAUUCUCGCUCUUUAUUGCAAGGGACGCAACACCGGAUUGAAUGAAGAGGACCUUGAAAAAGAAAGCUAUGUCAAGUUUGAGACGAUAUCAAUGAAACAAAGAAAUCUGAACUCUCACCCAACUGAGCUUUGGGCAAGGAGACCAACUAAUGAAUCAGAGCGAAUGCUCCUGUGUUCCAGAUCAAGCAUAGACUCCCAAAUGACCUAUAAAAGUGACAGUUCUCGGUCUGAAUAUCUCUGCUAA